AUGCCCUUGAUCGUCUCCGCCGCGAGAUUGACGACGUCCUCGGCGAGCGCGCCUCGCCGCACACCAUCCGACACCUGCUCACCACUCGUCAAGGAGGUCCUCCGUCUGUAUCCGGCGACAGGGGCAGCCGCAUACGCACUGGACGGCACGGAAUUCUUCCUCCACCCCUCGAACGGGCCCCCGCUGAAUUUAGACGGCAUCGUGGGAGCCAACUGCAUUGGCAACAUCCAGAGCGACGAAAAAGUCUACAGACCUACCAAGGAUGGGUCCAUUCCCGACCGGUGGCUCGCUCGGUCUCCAUCAGACGACAACGGCGAUGACGACACCACCAAGACUCCCUGUGCGGUCGACAUUCCCCCAGGCGCAUGGAGACCGUUCAACCGGGGUCCCCGCGCGAGUAUCGGCCAGGAGUCAGUCAAGCUAGAAGCUCGCGCCAUCUUAGCCAGUGUCCUGACCGUCGCUUAUCGCUCUCGGGACCAAGAAGCUCUAUAUUCUUGUGACACGGAGAGUAUGACGAGCCCAAUCGACGGGCACGCGAAGAGUUGCGAAGAUGGCAGUUGGUGUGUGAUCCCUCCCUCAGGCGGAGAAAUCGGCUCAGGAUCGCCGAGGAGGCUGCAAAUGUCUCCCCGUGGCCGAUCGGCUGUCGCAACUCUCUGCAUCGACAGCGGCGUCCAGCCGUUUCAAGCGAUCCUGGCUUUAUGGGCCGUUGUCCUUUCCCAAUACACGGACGUCCAGUGUGGAAGGAUCUGGGUAUCUGGCGCUCGUGGCGAACCGAGGCGGCUCCUGGCAGCCUCGCUAGCUGACCGGGUUGCCUUCCGUGCCCUUCUAGACAAGAGCCAGUGGGAGGUCACCACUGCCCCGGCUGGCACCGAGGCGAAUACGGGAGUUCUUUGGGACCAGAACCCAGGACAGAUGUUGGGAAGCUCGAAUGCGAUCCAGGAGGUCUGUGAUCUUUUCUGGGUGGUCCACGCUCCUUGCCAGCAGGAACCGCUAGCGGUGGAAUUCUGGUACCGGCCUGGCUUUCUAUCGGAGGCCGUUGCCACCACGGUGAUGGAGCGCAUGGAGACGUUGGUCUUCAUCGUCUGCCAGGAUGCAGACCAGAAUAUCCGCCAGCUGACUAUGCCCACACGAAGGGAUAUGGAGAGACAAAGAGACUGGCAGAUUCGACCCACUCAAGCCGUCGAGCCAAUGCAAGUCUCCGUUCAUAAACACUGCGUCCAGAGCCCCGACCGUUUGGCCGUUAUUGCUGGAGACGGGUCUUUGACAUACCGCGAGCUGGACGGCUUCGUGGCGCGUGCUGCCAGCCUACUUGUACAGGUCGGCAUUCGGUCAGGGGCUCUAGUACCCAUCUGCUUCACCAAGAGUCUGUGGGCUGUGGUGGCCAUGGUGGCCAUCAACAGAGUCGGUGCUGCAUUCGUUCCCCUGGAUCCGACCCUGCAGACGCCCAUGCAGCAACGGGAUAUUGUCGACCAGCUGGGAGCCACGGUGGCCGUGACAGGCGAGGCUUGUGCGGCAGCAUUGCAGGAGAUGGUGGACCAAGUGGUGGUCCUGUCGGACCAAACCGUUCCCACUGCAGGGCCCUCAGACCAAGAGAAGGGACUAGCCCUGACUCCCCCGCCGGAGGACAGCCCAGCCUACGUGCUCUUCACAUCAGGAAGCACUGGGAAGCCAAAGGGAUGCGUGGUGUGUCAGUCGGCAUUUGAUCUCUUCGUCGUCCUUGCCCCGAAUCUUGGACUCAGGCCGGGCGAUCGGGCCUUUCACUUCGCGUCGCUCACGUUUGCCAUCGGCAUUAUCGAAGUCUUUUGCGCCGUAGGCUUGGGGGCCACCGUAUGCAUGCCGGCUGAUCAUUCGCAGCGGAAGAGUGUCUCGCAGGAGAUGGCGAACCUACGCGUCGAGUGGGCGAUGCUCACACCCACCGUGCUGGGUAUCUUGGACCCCGGAAACGCGCCGCACCUGCAGAGGGUCGUGCUAGCAGGGGAGGCGCCUUCUCCAGCGCAGCUCGAGCUAUGGGCGGCCGCGGUCCAUCUCCGAGUGGCGUACGGUCUUACCGAGUCGUCUAUCACUUUAACCAUCUCGGAUCGGAUCACACCCGGACGUCUGCGGCCCGGCAACGUUGGGUUCCCGAUCAAUGUGACGGCCUGGGUGGUGGAUCCGCAGGACCACGACCGACUGCAGCCGGUUGGGAGUCCGGGCGAGCUGGUCAUCGCCGGGCCCAGCCUGGCUCACGGCUAUCUAAACCAGCCCGACAAGGCGGCAGUCGUCUUCAUACCGCCGCCACGGUGGGCAGAUCCGAAGGAUCCCACGGCCCGGUACUACAAGACCGGGGAUCUAAUGCGACACGAUCCCGACGGGAGUCUGGUGCAUCUGGGGCGCAAGGACCGCCAGGCCAAAGUGCGCGGGAUUCGCGUGGAUCUGCCAUCUGUCGAGCACGCGGUGGGCAAGCACUUCCCUAAGGCCCGGGAGGUUGUUGCAGAAGUGGUUCCCACCUCUACUUCCACCAGCAGCCGUCUCGCGGUCUUUCUGCUACAGGAAGACCCCAUCUCGGCCGGGGGCGACAUCCUAGCGGCACCUACGAUGGGCUUCAUCUCGCAGGCCAAGCGGGCCGAGCAACAAUUGAGUGUCUCUCUGCCGUCAUUCAUGGUCCCGUCCGUCUUCUUCCCGGUCCUCCAUAUCCCCAGAACCCGGACGGGGAAGACGGACCGCAAUCGACUGCGCGAGCGGGCCAGUGGUCUAGCCCCGGACAAAUGGAUUCAAUACAAGAUAAACGCGCCGGUGGAGACUGUUCCGGACUCAGCAUGUCAGACGGAUCGAUCCUUGCGACGCAUCUUCGCCAACGUCCUCGCGAUCCCGCCGGAGCGCGUGGGCCCAGAUGCGGAUUUCUUCGAGCUGGGGGGAGACUCGGUUAGCGCCAUGCGCAUGGCCGAGAUGGCACGCGUGGCCGGCCUGUCCCUCCAUGUCCACGACGUGUUGACCUGUCGCACACUGGCCGCUAUCGCCGCACGAGCGCACGGAGUCCAAACGCUGCCCGACGAAGCCCUUCCGCGCAGCCUGGCCGACGACGCGCUCAAACAGCGUUGUGUCUCCGAGGCCCGCCGCAAAUGGACUCUGCCCGCCGAGGUGAAAGUGGUCGAUGUUCUUCCUGCGACCCGGAUGCAGGCACUGUACAUCAACAACGGCGGGCUGGACUCCUUCGGCUUUUUGAUGGUAGGCGAGGUUGACGUGGACCGGCUCCGAGAGGCCUGUCGGGCCGUGGUUCGUCGACACGCUGCCCUGCGAACCAUUUUCACGCGCACCGGCACCAAUUUGUUCCAGAUUGUCCUUGAAUCCCUCGACCCGCCGUUCGAGUGCGUCACUAUGACAGACGACUUGACCACCUUCCGCCAGCGCUUCUGCUUCGCCGGCCCAGAUCCCAGCGCCCAUCUCGAUCGGCCGACGGUGGGAUUCACCUGGGCGCGCGACCCCGCGGGCCGUCAGCAUGCCUUCUUCGUCCAGCUGUCGCACGCCCAGCAUGAUGGCGCCUCGAUCCCGGUGCUGUUCCAGGAUUUGAGCGCGGCGUACCGCGAGCCUUUCACGUCCCCCGUAAUGGGGUUCCCCGACUUUCUCUACUACCGUGCCCGGCCUGGCUGUGUCGCCGCCGCGCGUCAGUUCUGGGCCCGAUACCUGGAGGGGGCGGCAGCUACCAUGCCGACAAUUGACGGCGCGCAUAGCCCUGCCGGCGGUACCGCUUCCCCCGUCUUCGCGCGUGCUUCGGCGCGCCUCGCGCCUUGCCCGGCGGGAGUCACCGUGGGGUCCGUACUCCGUGCCGCCUGGGCCUACGUGCUGUCACACGCGGCGGCCACCGCGGACGUUACGUUCGGGCAUUUUGUCAACGCUCGCAGUCUGCCCCUCAAGGGGAUCGAUCGAGUGCUGGGCCCAUGUAGCCACAUCAUUCCUUGCCGGGUGCGGCGGAGAGACGGCUGGACGGUCUGCGAAUACCUAGACCACGUGCACCAGGACUAUCUCCAGACCGUGCGGCACGACCACCUGGAGCUCAACCACAUUCUGGACGCAGCGGCGGGCUGCGCCCCGGGGACAGGGGUCGGCACCAUCCUCCUCCACCAGAAUAUUGACAGCAACCGGGCGCUGCAUUUUGAUGACGCCCGCAGCAUCGACAGCGACUUGUUCAUGAAGUUCCAGAAAAUGACCGACAUCUGGGUCUUCUCCUACCCGAGCGCCACCGCGCUGGACCUACGGGUACUGGGGCCGGACUCGUUGCUGUCCCAAGAACUGUGUACCCGUUUGGUCGGGCAGCUCGCGGGCCUAGUGCAGACCUUCCUCGAGACCCCUGACAUGCGCUUGUCGGAUAUUGACCUAUCUACCGUGGGCAUGGUGCAGACCUUCCUCGAGCCCCCCACGGUGCACUUAUUGGGUGUUGAACGGUUACCCCUCGGGUGA